AUGUCUUCUGACCCGUCUUCAAAAUGGUACAUACCACGAAAACCGAAUCUCACUCUCGCGGGUAAUUUUUUUUUCGGAGAAAAGCUAUCGGGAAAGAGCAUAGAAAAUUCCAGAACAAAUCGAGAAACUGCGUGUGAGUAUGGAGCAAUUGGCGAAAGCGGAAGAGGCGACGAGGGAGAUAAGAGAGCGAAUGGAGGCCGACUAUCGGAGGCAUCUGGAGAAUGAGCGGAAAAAGAGAGAGGCGAGCAGCAAGGAGAUGUUGCGUUAGUAUCGAUAUUACUUAUUCCCGCGAAGAGCUAUCGGAAAAAGAUCAACUACAAAGUUGGAGACAUACUUCUGCCCGUCAACUUUGUCGUUGACCUUUUUUUUUAUAUCUCUAGCGUCAAUCCAAUGUUCUUGAACGUUUUCACUCCAUUAAGGAAAGCUCUUUUUUAAGCUUAACUUUUUCAGAAUACAUCGCCGACGCCGAAGAGAGACUCAAAAUAGCGUUCAACGAAAUUGGUACAUUUUUAAAGACAUUUCAUGUAAACCAUGUUCUUGUUGCAGACGAAAAUAUCGAAACGAGACGUCGCAACAUGGAUCCGAAAGCGCUGGAGGAUUUCGGUGAGUGGAAGUUCUGACAUUUUUGAAAAUCGCAAAAGACCAGGGCUCGACAAAUUUCGGCGCAGGCCUUUUGAUUGUUUUUUUUUUGCAGAUAAAGAGCUGGAACGGCGCAAACUGGAGUUCGAGGAUAUUCGCAUCGAAUUCGACGAAAUCUCCAAGAAACAAAUCAUUUAA